GUGACAGUUUGUACUCCGAAAUAGCUUUCACUUUUUGACUAAACUAAUUUUGAAAAAUGGUUAAGAAAAGAAGGUUGGGGAGUGCUUCUAAAGGUGUAAAGUCUAGAGACCGAUCUCCACAGAGCGGUGAUGAAAUUAUAUCUGCAAGGGAUAGGUUCAAAGGAGCUCUGCAGGAUCUUCUCCCGCACAGUGAUGAAGAAAGUGAUAUCAGCGAUGAGGAGCAAUGGGCUUCCAAGUCAAAGCGUAUAAACAUUCAUAAAAAGAAGCAGCAAGUGGAGAAACCUCCAGAAGACACUUCAAAUAAAUGCCAACAGACAUUUGUUAUGAAAAUGUUCGACCGUAGUGUUGAUCUGGCCCAAUUCACGGAGAACACACCUCUUUACCCGAUAUGUAGGGCAUGGAUUGCCAAUCAACCUAGCAAGAUCUAUAAUAUCAAAAAAGAACCUUUGCUGGAGAUUAAAGAAGAGCCGGGAUUCCAAUAUCCUAAGGACGAGAAUGACUUCGACAAUGUUCGGGACACUUACAGGUUGCCUCUUCCAGAUCUUCCUGUUAGCGAUAUCCAAUGGAGGAUACCAGAUUUGAUUCAAUACGAGAGCAAAUUUAUUAACAUGCAACAGGAAGGUGUGGAGCCUCCGUCAAAGGAUGAAAUUCUUCAGGAUAAUCUUGCUCAUUGGAGCAAAGUUCGUAAGAGCUGGAUGGAAGCCUCGACUAGAAACGAUAGCAGAUAUAGAAAGAGUAUCACAAUUCUUAGUGCCAUGUACAACAAGGCUCAGAGACAAUUCCAAACUUGAAGUAGAGAAAAAUUUUAUUUAAUUCAGAAUAAGUGCUUGUUUGUAUAUUAUUUACUUCCUUUUUUUAAAAUUAUUGUCAAUUGAAUAUUUGAAUAUGCAUUAUAGGACUUAUUAGUAUUCAUUAUUGGAAAAAUAUGAUUUUUCAUGGG